GUUGAAUAGCAUUAUACACAGGCACGGAUUUAAAGCAACCGAUAAAUCAAACCAAAAUCCAAAAACCUAACGUUCCCAAAACGGACCCAAACCUUGAAUAGGGUCCAACCGUCCAUCUCAUUGUGCUUGGAAAAAUAAAGGAAAUAUCCAAACUUGGCGUUGACCCACACCCAACUGGAUCUUAUCUUAUCGGAUCUUGCCCAUUUAUCUCUAACAAACCCACACCGGAUCCUAUCUUUUCCCCAUUUCUUUCCAAUCGAACUGUGACCUUACCGGAUCUUCUGAUCGGACUCCGUGGAGUUCCAACAAGCCAAAUUAGGAAGCUUCAGCUUUAAUUCACACUGCCUCAUUGAACCCUAUGCAAUGGAAGUCUCAAAUGAAUCAGCAAUUAAGAAACCGAAGAGAUUAACUUCUGUUGUGUGGAAUCACUUUGAGAGGAUUAGGAAGGCUGACAUAUGCUAUGCUGUUUGUGUACACUGUAACAAGAAACUCAGUGGAUCAAGUAAUAGUGGAACCACACAUCUGAGAAAUCACUUAAUGCGAUGUUUGAAAAGAUCUAAUUUCGAUGUGUCACAACUACUUGCAGCAAAGAGAAGGAAAAAAGAAACUUCUCUUAGCCUUCCUAGUAUCAGUUAUGAUGAAGGUCAAAGAAAAGAUGAAUAUAUUAAGCCCACAGCAAUUAUAAAGUAUGAUCAGGAGCAGAGAAAAGAUGAAGUUAUUAGCCUUGGAAGUAGUAGGUUUGAUCAAGAGCGGAGUCAGCUUGAUCUUGCCCGCAUGAUUAUAUUACAUGGUUAUCCUUUGGCUAUGGUUGACCAUGUUGGAUUCAAAAUAUUUGUCAAAAAUCUCCAACCUUUGUUUGAGGUUGUGCCAAAUGGUUCUAUUGAGCUCUCUUGCGUGGAAAUUUAUGGGAGAGAGAAACAGAGAGUGUAUGAGAUGAUAAAUAGAUUGCAGGGCAGAAUUAAUCUUUCCAUUGAAAUGUGGUCUUCUGCUGAAAACAUUGAGUACCUGUGUUUAGCUGCCCAUUAUAUUGAUGAGGAUUGGAAAUUACAGAAGAAGAUUCUAAAUUUUGUGACAUUGGAUUCGUCUCAUACCGAAGAUAUGCUUUCAGAAGUUAUUAUUAAGUGUCUCAUGGAGUGGGACAUUGAAUGCAAGUUGUUCGCCAUGACAUUUGAUGAUUGUUCCACUGAUGAUGAUAUUGUCCUUAGAAUUAAGGACCGAAUCUCUCAGAAUAGGCCCCUUUUGAGUAAUGGUCAGUUAUUUGAUGUACGCUCUUCUGCACAUGUUCUGAAUCUCAUUGUUCAAGAUGUCAUGGAAGCACUCCAAGAAUUGACCCAAAAGAUUCGAGGAAGUGUUAGAUAUGUUAAAAGUUCGCAGGUAACACAAGGGAAGUUCAAUGAGAUAUCCCAGCAAGUUGGAAUCAGCAGUCAGAAGAAUCUAGUUCUUGAUUCUCCAAUCCGGUGGAACUCAACAUAUCUAAUGCUUGAAACAGCCUUAGAAUACAAGAAUGCAUUUUCUCUGUUGCAAGAGCAUGACCCAGCCUAUGCAUCAGCUUUAACUGAUACUGAGUGGGAAUGGACAAGUUCUGUCACUAGUUAUUUGAAGCUGUUUGUUGAAAUCACCUGUGUCCUUUCUGGAAAUAAAUGUCCUACAGCAAAUAUAUAUUUCCCUGAGAUUUGUGAUGUUCACAUCCAACUAAUUGAAUGGUGCAAAAGCCCAGAUAAUUUCCUUAGCUCCAUUGCAUCAAAGAUGAAAGCUAAGUUUGAUAAGUAUUGGAACAAGUGUAGUUUGGCUUUGGCAGUAGCAGCCAUCUUAGAUCCACGAUUCAAGAUGAAGUUGGUGGAAUACUACUAUUCUCAGAUAUAUGGCAGUACUGCCCUGGAUCGGAUCAAAGAAGUUUCUGAUGGCAUUAAAGAACUUUUUAAUGCAUACUCUAUCUGUUCAACAUUGGUUGAUCAAGGUUCAGCUCUGCCUGGCAACAGUUUACCUAGUACCAGUUCUGAUAGUAGGGAUAGAUUAAAGGGCUUCGACAAGUUUCUGCAUGAGAAUUCUCAAAGUCAGAGUGUAGCGUCUGAUUUGGACAAAUAUUUAGAGGAACCAGUCUUCCCUCGGAAUUGUGAUUUUAAUAUACUAAACUGGUGGAAGGUCCACACGCCAAGGUACCCUAUCUUGUCAAUGAUGGCACGUGAUGUUUUGGGAACUCCCAUGUCAACUAUUUCCCCAGAGUCCGCAUUCAGUACUGGAGGUAGGGUGCUUGAUAGUCAUCGAAGUUCACUUAAUCCAGACACUCGACAGGCUCUGAUAUGUGCGCGAGAUUGGUUAAGAGGGGAACCAGAAGAGCACAACCCGUCUUCUGCACUAGCCCUUUACGUCGAAGCAAACUAACUUGUUCAUGGUUGACGGUGUCAGUAUUUCCAACUCGUGGGCAUCAUCCCUCUGAUUGGUGAAGUGUAGUUAAAUUCCUUCUUUAUGUCCAUAUUUGAGUUUUACUGGUUUGCUAAUUGGGUAGAGUUGCUUCAUUGAGAAGCACGAAUGUACAGUUGAGGGGGGUUGACUGAAUGCUUAAAUUGAUGAUUUAGAAUGAACAAACUUUCGUUUUCAUUGUUGAUAACAGUAGCAUCCUCUCCUUCCUUCACUUUCCAGGAUGUGGACAUUUGUUGGCAUACCUCAGGUUUCUUUCCUUUAUGUCUAGAUCAAAUUUAAGUUAAAUAGAGGCCACUUUGCUGUAA